CGGGGCGGUGCCGGAGCGGUGCCGGGCCCGCAGCGCGGGAGCCCCGCAGCCCCCGGGACCCCCCGGCUGCCAGCGCAGACUGGAACUGAGCUCUGGAAAAACAAAGUGGAACUUGGAGCAUGUGGCCUGAGGAUUGCCUUACACAGCCAGGGGUGGUAGCUAAGCAGUGAGCAGGAUGCCCCCAGGCAUUUACUGCCCUACGGAAUUCUGGUCCAAGGGGGAGAACCAGAACAUCCAGGUGGAUUUUCUGCUGCCCACAGGCAUCUACUUGAACCUGUCUGUGCCCUGCAAUGCCAGCCUGGGCACCAUCAAGCAGGUGCUCUGGAAGCACGCGCAGUAUGAGCCGCUGUUCCACAUGCUCAGCGACCCCGAGGCCUACGUGUUCACCUGCAUCAACCAGACGGCCGAGCAGCAGGAGCUGGAGGACGAGCAGCGCCGCCUCUGCGACAUCCAGCCCUUCCUGCCCGUGCUGCGCCUCGUGGCCCGCGAGGGAGACCGCGCCAAGAAACUCAUCAACUCCCAGAUCAGCCUGCUCAUCGGGAAGGGCUUGCAUGAGUUUGACUCGGUGCGGGACCCGGAGGUGAGCGAUUUCCGCGCCAAGAUGUGCCAGUUCUGCGAGGAGAAGGCGGCCAAGCGGCAGCAGCUCGGCUGGGCAGCCUGGAUGGAGUACAACUUCCCCCUGCAGCUGGAGCCCGUGGCCAAGGGCCUGGGCACUGGCUCUCAGCAGAUCCCCACCAAGAACAUUUUUGUCAACGUCAAGUUCCAGUCUGGCGGGGAGAGCUUCACGUUCCAGAUCUCGCCCUGGGAGUUCCCCAUCACCCUGAUGAGCUACGCCAUCAGGAAACAGGCCACGGUGUUCCGCCACGAGACCGUGCAGAGGCCAGAGGAUUACACCCUGCAGGUGAACGGGAAAUGUGAAUACCUCUAUGGCAACUACCCCCUGUGCCAGUUCCAGCACAUCCGCAGCUGCGUGCAGCGGGGCCUGACCCCACACCUGACCAUGGUGCACUCCUCUGCCAUCCUGGCCAUGAGGGACGAGCAGAACAGCUGCAUCACCAGCCCCCCAAAGGCGGCCUCCAAACCUCCCCCGCUCCCCAAGAAAAAGCCGAACUAUGGCUCUCUCUGGUCCUUAGAGCAGCCCUUCUACAUCGAGCUGGUGCAAGGCAGCAAGGUCAAUGCAGAUGAGAGGAUGAAGCUGGUGGUGCAGGCAGGGCUGUUCCACGGGCACGAGAUGCUGUGCAAGACGGUGUCGAGCUCGGAGGUGAGCGUGUGCUCCGAGCCCGUGUGGAGGCAGCGCCUGGACUUCGACAUCAGCGUCAGCGACCUGCCGCGCAUGGCCCGGCUCUGCCUCGCCCUCUACGCCGUCAUCGAGAAGGCCAAGAAGGCUCGUUCCACCAAGAAGAAGUCCAAGAAAGCUGACUGUCCCAUCGCCUGGGUCAAUGUGAUGCUCUUUGACUACAAGGACCAGCUGAAGACAGGGGAGUGCUGCCUGCACAUGUGGUCCUCCUUCCCAGAUGAGAAAGGGGAACUUCUGAACCCCAUGGGCACAGUGCAGUGCAACCCCAACACAGAGAGUGCAGCAGCCUUGGUCAUCUGCUUCCCCAGCGUGGCAGCACAUCCUGUGUACUACCCAUCCUUCGAGCAGCUGCUGGAGCUGGGGAGGAAUGGAGAACAACCCCGAGCUGCACCAGAAGAUUCUGAGGAGAAGCUGCAGCUGAAGGAGAUCCUGGAGAGGAGGAGCCACACGGAGCUGUACGAGCACGAGAAGGACCUGGUGUGGAAGAUGAGGUUUGAUAUCCGGGACCAGUACCCCCAGGCCCUGGCCAAGCUGCUCAUCAUCACCAAGUGGAACAAGCACGAGGACGUGGCCCAGAUGAUUUCCCUGCUUCAGACCUGGCCAGAGCUGCCUGUCCUGAAUGCCUUGGAGCUGCUGGAUUUCAGCUUUCCUGACCGUUACGUUGGUUCCUUUGCCAUCAACUCCCUGAAGAAGCUGACGGAUGAUGAUGUGUUCCAGUACCUGCUGCAGCUUGUGCAGGUGCUCAAGUACGAAUCCUACCUGGACUGUGAAUUAACCAAGUUCCUGCUGGAGCGGGCGCUGUCCAACCGCAAGAUCGGCCACUUCCUCUUCUGGCAUCUGAGGUCAGAGAUGCACGUCCCAGCCGUGGCGCUGAGGUUUGGGCUGAUCCUGGAGGCGUACUGCCGGGGCAGCACCCACCACAUGAAGGUGCUCAUGAAGCAGGGAGAAGCACUGAACAAGAUGAAAGCUCUGAAUGACUUUGUGAAAGUGAGUUCUCAGAAGGCCACCAAGCCUCAAACCAAGGAGAUGAUGCACAUGUGCAUGAAGCAGGAAACCUACAGGGAAGCCCUUUCCCACCUGCAGUCCCCCCUGAACCCCAACAUUAUCCUCGCUGAAGUUUGUGUGGAUCAGUGCACCUUCAUGGACUCCAAAAUGAAACCUUUGUGGAUUGUGUUUAAUAAUGAAGAGACAGGUGGAGGUGGAGUGGGUAUAAUUUUUAAAAAUGGAGAUGAUCUGCGCCAGGACAUGCUGACCCUGCAGAUGAUCCAGCUGAUGGACAUCCUGUGGAAGCAGGAGGGCCUGGACCUGAGGAUGACCCCUUAUGGCUGCCUCUCCACAGGAGACAAGACGGGGCUGAUCGAGGUGGUGAUGCACUCGGACACCAUCGCCAACAUCCAGCUCAACAAGAGCAACAUGGUGGCCACGGCUGCCUUCAACAAGGACGCCCUGCUCAACUGGCUCAAGUCCAAGAACCCGGGAGAUGCCUUGGACCAAGCCAUCGAGGAGUUCACCCUGUCCUGUGCUGGCUACUGCGUGGCCACCUACGUGCUGGGCAUUGGGGACAGGCACAGUGACAACAUCAUGGUGCGGGAGACAGGCCAGCUGUUCCAUAUUGAUUUUGGUCACUUUUUGGGGAACUUCAAGACUAAAUUUGGUAUUAACAGAGAACGAGUCCCUUUCAUCUUAACCUAUGACUUUGUGCAUGUCAUCCAGCAAGGAAAAACCAACAACAAUGAGAAGUUUGAGAGGUUCAGGGGUUACUGUGAACGAGCCUACAUGAUCCUGCGGCGCCACGGGCUCCUCUUCCUGCACCUCUUUGCACUGAUGAAAGCGGCUGGGCUGCCCGAGCUCAGCUGCUCCAAAGACAUCCAGUACCUGAAGGACUCCCUGGCCCUUGGGAAAACGGAUGAGGAGGCACUGAAGCACUUCAGACUCAAGUUUAAUGAAGCCCUGCGGGAGAGCUGGAAAACCAAAGUGAACUGGCUGGCACACAACGUGUCCAAAGACAACAGGCAGUGAGGGGAGCCUGGCUGCUCAGGAGAGUGGAACAGCCCCAGCCCAGCACUGACAGCUUCCUAAAGACUGGAGAGAGGUGCAGGGUGGAAGAUCCCCACCUCCUUCCCAGAGAUCAGACAUUGCUGCAUGGCUGAAAACUGCUGGCCUGUCCUCAGCCACAGCUCUGUGGCUGCUGCAGAGCUUUGGGGACAAGGGAGAGACGUGAGGCAAUAAACUCCUGCAUCCAGUAAAGGUAGGCAGAGGUGCUGUACCCUUGAGAACUCCCUGAGCUUCAAAUUCAUGUUUCAGUGGAGGAGUUGAGGCAGUUCUAACAUUCCUCCAGAGUGCUAAUGUCUGUAUUUGUUUUCUUGCAAAUUUAGCUGAGCAGAGAUCCCCCUAUGCCUGUACCCCAUCUUCUAAGUCAGCACUGUUACAGCUUAGAGGCAUCACCUCCAGCAUGUGGUCACUCCUGCCCUGUGUCAGUGUCCACUGGGGGGGUCAGCUCAAAGCACACCAAAGCUGACUUGGACAAAAGGUUUUCCUCUGCCUUGAGAUGGGAUAAAAACAUCCACACUGUCACAUUGCUUUCUGUCUGCUCCAGAGGCCAAAGUGUUCUGAAACUGAGCUGGAACUCAGCCACUGCUGUCUAGAACUGAUGGCACAAGAGCAGCUUUGGGGUGGCCCCUGGAUCAGGUACUUUGCUUUCUAAAGUUUGGCUCUAGCUGAGCCUCAAGAAAUUUCUGCAUUUAUUUUGGUUUCAAACCUGAAAACGCUAAGAUUGCAUUUUCAAAUUAAAGUAGUCACUGCUUCUUUUCAUAAAAGAUGUUAAGCUGUGAGGUCUGUUCUGGUUUGGGUCUAUUCAUACAAACACUGCUGCCUCUCAAGCAGCUGUGGCAGAAGCAGCAGUUCUGGUACAGAAGACACCUCAUUUUAAUUUAAUCUAACCUGGGAGAGCCCCUUUUCCUCCACCUCAGAUGAAACUGUGACUGAAGCAUUCAGGCUCUAACAGCUGCUUUGGUACUAGAGGGAAAUACUGCAGGGUGUAGAGCUCUGUGCAGGCUGAGGCCUCUGCUCCAUUUUAGAGAGUAAAUAUUGCUAUUUCCUUGCUUAUUCAACUAAUUUACAGAGCAAAAGUAUGCCAAAAAAAUCUUGAGCCCUGUGCAAGGUGAGAUGCACUGAAAGCACAGCCCCAGUCAGGUUCUUGAGGAAGGGAAGACACUACAACUCCAGAGCUGCAAAAGCAAUUCUCCUGCAGUGCCAGAGCCUGGUGGUGAGGGAGCUGCAGCACUGGGCCCUGCUCUCCUCAGUCCCUCCCAGGUUUAGAGCUCCUGCCCUGCCCUCACUUUGAGAAGUGCAAUAACACAAAGGUGGAUCAGCAGCAACUGCAAGAACUGAGCGUUUCACAGAGGUUACUUAGUCUGGAAAACUUGACUUACCUACAGCAGUAAAAGUUCAGUGAGUCAUUGUUGGACCUUCUUCCUUGUACACCCUGGGAGAGCAUCUUGGAUAAAUCUGUGACAGCUCUGCCUUUGACUCCAAGUGCACAAAGCAGCAGCUCACCUGAUGGUUUCAGCAAGCUGAACUGUACUAAAGAUUGAAACUUAUAUAAUGUUCAAAAGUGUUCUAUUUCAUUAAAAGUGGCUUCUCAUUUUUUAUAAAUAUGCUCAGAAUGAUAGACUGAUUUCUAUUUAUUUAGAGAUGUUUCUGUCAUUAUUUUUUUUUAACUCUGUACAAACUGAUUGUGCUUAUUCUGUUGCCUUGGAAAAAGAAGUAUUUUUUUAAGCCAAACCGUGGUUCUGCAAGAAGAGAAUGUUUACAUGUUUAGCUUUUCAGUUGCUUUAGGUACAUGUUUUGUAAAUAAGAAAUAAAAGAUAUUGACAAAUUGUACACAAAUGCUGCCAAGUCCUUCUGUGCUGAGAGCAAUGACCACAAAACUCUCCUACCCCCCAGCAGAGGCAAAUUAACACAGUUUCUACCACUGGAUUCUGCUUUGUUUCACUCAGUAAAAUAAAAAAUGCAAACAACCUUUAGAACCAGAAAUUUAUUGUAGCUUAUAGACUUUCCAAACUGACCUGUUACCAAUAUACACAUCUGAAAAGUUAUACCCACAGUGGCUACAAACUGCAUCAGGACAUUACAACCCCUCAGUUUUACCAUUAAGUCAUGAUCAGUUUUGGUCUAAAAUACAGCAGCUACAGCAACAGUAUAUGGAAGGAUAAGUCUUCUACACAUUAACACAGGACAACUGUCAGA